AUCGAGCCCAAUGGCACAGAGGGCAAGAACUUCUACAUCCCCAUGUCCAACAGGACUGGGGUUGUUAGAAGUCCCUUUGAAUACCAACAGUAUUAUUUGGCUGAUCCCAUCAUGUUCAAGCUUCUAGCCUUCUACAUGUUCUUCCUGAUCUGCACUGGAACUCCGAUCAACGGUCUGACUUUGUUCGUCACAGCUCAGAACAAGAAGCUCCGGCAACCUCUCAACUACAUCCUGGUCAACCUGGCUGUGGCUGGACUGAUCAUGUGCGCCUUCGGAUUCACCAUCACCAUCACAUCAGCUGUCAACGGCUACUUCAUUCUUGGAGCCACUUUCUGUGCUAUUGAGGGAUUCAUGGCUACGCUAGGAGGUGAAGUUGCUCUCUGGUCCCUGGUAGUCCUUGCUGUUGAAAGAUAUAUCGUAGUCUGCAAACCCAUGGGAAGCUUCAAGUUCUCUGGUACUCAUGCAGGAGCUGGAGUCCUUCUCACCUGGGUCAUGGCUAUGGCAUGUGCUGCCCCCCCUCUCUUUGGCUGGUCCAGAUACCUUCCUGAGGGCAUGCAGUGCUCCUGUGGACCUGACUACUACACUCUGGCUCCAGGCUACAACAAUGAAUCAUACGUCAUGUACAUGUUUGUCGUCCACUUCUUCACUCCUGUCUUCAUCAUUUUCUUCACUUAUGGAAGCCUUGUGCUGACAGUCAAAGCUGCUGCAGCCCAGCAGCAGGAGUCAGAGUCUACCCAGAAAGCUGAGAGGGAAGUGACACGUAUGUGCAUCUUGAUGGUCUUAGGCUUCCUAGUAGCCUGGGUGCCAUAUGCCAGUUUUGCCGGUUGGAUCUUCUUGAACAAGGGAGCUUCCUUCACAGCCCUGACAGCAGCUAUCCCUGCCUUCUUUGCAAAGAGCUCAGCCCUGUAUAACCCCGUUAUCUACGUGCUGAUGAACAAACAGUUCCGUAACUGCAUGCUGAGCACUAUUGGAAUGGGCGGCCUGGUGGAGGAUGAAACCUCAGUCUCUGCCAGCAAGACAGAAGUGUCCUCUGUCUCUUAA